CCUCCAAUUUUCUCAUCUCUGAAACGGCCCCAACAUUCCCCCAUUUUUCUCUCUCUCUCUCCCCCUGCAAUUUGUAAAAUUUUCCUGGAAAAUAUCCGUCUUUCCAAGAAAAUUUUUAACAUUUCUCGUUACUCAAAUUUUAUCCAUAUGUUGUGCAAUUUCCUCUAAUAUAAGUUUUUUCUUUUUUUAAAAACUUCUAAAUCUGUCUCUAUGUCUUCUGUAGUUUCGUCAUCGUCUUAUUGGUGUUACAGUUGCAGCCGGUUCGUUAGGGUUUUGAAUCAGGAUGCGAUAAUAUGUCCGGACUGCGACAGUGGUUUCGUGGAGGAGAUCGAGAAUCCGCCACGCGGAAUCCAAACCACCGACAUACAACACCGCCGCCUGAGGAGGUUUCCGGCGGGCUCGAUGUACAUGAUCGGUAGUGAUAAUAACCACAGGCACAGUGACCGGUCUAAUCGAGAUCAAAAUACCUCUGCCGGUCCGUUUCUUCGCAGAAGCCGAAGAACUGGCGGCGAUCGGUCUCUUUUUAAUCCAGUUAUCGUUCUCCGUGGACCGGACAGGCCGGUUAUUGGAGCAGAUGUUGAAAAUAACGGUAACGGUUAUGAAUUGUACUAUGACGACGGUGAAGGCGCUGGUUUGAGACCGUUACCACGAAGUAUGUCGGAGUUUUUAUUAGGAUCUGGAUUUGAACGGUUGAUUGAGCAGUUAUCGCAGGUUGAUAUGAAUGGAAUCGGCGGUUAUGAGCAUCCACCGGCUUCAAAGGCCGCAAUUGAAUCUUUGCCGUUCGUUUCUAUCGAUGUGAGUCAUGUAGAAAUGGAAUCACACUGUGCUGUUUGUAAAGAAGCUUUUGAAUUACGAUCUGAAGCUAGAGAAAUGCCGUGUAAACAUAUUUAUCAUCCUGAUUGUAUACUCCCGUGGUUAUCGCUUCGUAAUUCUUGUCCCGUUUGUAGGCAUGAAUUGCCUGCCGAUAAUAAUCAAGACAUUAGUGAGGAAACUGAUAAUGGAGCGAACGGACAAGGACAAUUUGUGGGUUCAAAUAAUGAUGAGGAGGCAGUAGGAUUAACAAUUUGGAGGUUACCUGGAGGAGGGUUUGCGGUGGGGCGGUUUUCGGGAGGAAGGAGAGGUGGUGAUAGAGAGCUUCCGGUUGUUUACACGGAGAUGGAUGGUGGGUUUAACAAUGGCGGAGGUGUGCCGAGGAGGGUUUCCUUUGGGUCAAGAGGGAGUAGAGGAGACAGAGACAGAGGUGGGUUGAUUCGAAGGGCUUUUAGCAAUUUGUUUGGGUGUUUUAGCCGGUCAGGCAGUUCAAGCUCGGCUUCAGAUUCGAGGAUAAGGAGGAGAAGUAGAACGGCUUCCAUGUUUAAUAUAUCAGCGCGGAGGAGAAGGGGUUGGGAUGUUACGGUUAACACUAGUGGUGGAAGAAGAUGAUGACAAAUGAAUGAGAAAAAUAUCUUUUCAUUGUAUAUAUUGAGAGAUACUGAGAUAAUAUUGAAAAGGGUUCCCAUUUCACGGAAUUGAAAAGAUUUAUGGAAUUGAGGUUCAGUUUACAAAUAACUAAAGCUGUUAUCUUGGAAGAAGAUGAAGCAGCAGAGGUGACAAUUAAGCUUCAAUGGAAAAGCCGUGAAGUCAAUAGUUUGGCAUUGUGGGAGAAAGAGGGUACAUGAUUUCAUGUACCAUAAAUCAAUUUGCAAGUUUCAUGAAUCGAAGUAGAGGGCCUGCCUUUUAUAUUAAUUGUUCUUUUUUAUAAUUAUUUGUAAUCUGUAACUAGCUAUAGUUCGUUUAUCAUGUCAUUCUUUUUCCAAGAACUCUAUAAGUCUUAUCCUGCUUAUGAAAAGUUUUUGUUUCUUGAA